UCGACACAAACCAACAUGGCGACGAUGGGACGAAUCAGGAAGAGUAGCUCUCUUUGCCUACUUGUUGUUUCCCUCCAACUUAUGCUUCACGGCGGCGUCUUGUCAGCUCCGCCGAACUUAACCCCGGAAGAUGCAACUACCAAGAAAGCCGGGUUACACUUGCCAUCGAGUCCUCCCCCGACCACCGUUAACAAAAUUGCUACUCAGACGGACACAAAAGUAUUGUCGACGCAAGCGGAAGCUGUGUCAUCGACCCACCACAAUAUUCCUGACAAGGCGCUUGUCCAACCUGAUGCUCCGCAGACCAAAACUGUCCAACCCCACACCCCCCAAGUCAAGCAGACGAAGGUGAGUCAACCCGAGACAAUGGAAAACGAUGACGACAAAUCUUUGGUGGUCAUCGGUUCCUCGGACAACGACCCCAAGCAAACGCACAACGAGACUAAAGGUGCCACGCUCCAGGUGGUGAACACCACGUCGUCACCCAAUGCUUCUAAAACUCCAGAAACCGCCCACAUCGCCAAAACCCCGGAACCCACCAAACCCGGUGCGGAGGAGACCACCGCCUUCGACGUUAAACCCUCCGAGGCGCAGACCGCGACCACCCUGCAGGACUUAGAGUCGGACCUGCUGCAGCCCGCCGGCAAAGAUGUGACGACUCACGUGGACCCGGACGACGACGACUACGACGGUGACGAUGACCAGGACGCCUACGGCGACGGCUUGUAUCGCCUGGAGGGCAACGAGGACGACGGCAAGGACACGGACCAGACGGAGAUCCGGCUGGAGACCCCCGACGUCAAAGAAGACGUCAGCUACAAGCUGCCCGGUGUCUACAACACAGAGGACGAGGACUCACACUUCUUCUUCCACCUGGUCAUCCUGGCUUUCCUGGUGGCCAUCAUCUACAUCACUUACCACAACAAAAGGAAGAUCUUACUGUUGGUUCAGAGCCGCCGCUGGAAGGACAGCCUGUGCUCUCGCAGCACAGUCGAGUACCACCGGCUGGACCAGAACGUCAACGAGGCCAUGCCGUCCCUGAAGAUGACACGCGACUACAUCUUUUGAGCCAACGCGCUCAGAACUCUUGAGCCCUCUUGCAUCACUGGCCCCACGCCGUUGUUGGGUUGCCGUGUUUGUCCCCCCUCUCUGCCUGUAUAGAAACAUUUCAUUUUAAUUAUAUUUCUUCCGCGUUUUCUUUUUUUCGCUAUUUUCAUCAGUACAUUUUUACAGGGGUGUUUAUUUAAGAUCUUUUGGGUGAGUUUCCACUUUAUCCCCUUGUAGUUUGGAUUUGUUCUAUUGGAGUGUAACAUUCCAACAAAUGCAAUGAGUGAUUGCUUUCACGCAUGCAUUAUUUUCCUACGGUUCUGCCGCCUCCCGCCCCCUACUGGCCAGAUGCUGCCGUGCAGGACUCCUGGUUGGCCUCCUCUUUGUUUUAUGACUUCGGUGAAGUCCCUGUCGAUCAUCAUCACUAAAUAUACUCAAUUGUUGCGGCAACACAAAAUGCGCCCAGAAGUAGAUUUGCAGCAAAAGUCGAACAGCGACUCCACUUGGGAAAACUUUGAAUUUUUCUUUUUUAAAUUUGUAUCCUUGUGGCACAAAGUGUAAGUACAAGAGUAUGUGUUUCCUAUUUUCAUCAUUUUCCACAUUGAUGUUGAAAUAAUAUAAUGAUGCUUUUUAUUUAGAAGCACCUUUAAAAGCACACAAGGACACCGUAGAAUCAAACAGUCAAAUCAAGGUAAAAACAAUUUAAAAACAAAUUAUGUAAAAAACUAGACUUUUCUAAAUAGAAAUGAAACAAACAGACUUAAUACUUUUACUUAAAUAAAAUGCAGCAACUAAACUAUUAGGAAAAGAGGUAAUGUUUUAUAUUUGUGACAAUGAAUUCCACUUCAUUGUGGCAAUAUGUUACAUAUCAUUUUUGCAAAUAUGCAUUUUCAUGAUGGCCGCCUAACUAGGUACGCAUGCGCAGUAUGAAUUGUUGCCUGCACCACUUCUUUUUUUGGGGUAAUUACAUUGUCCAACAAAAAGCACAGCUCCACUUUUUUAAAAACAUUUUCCCCACUCUAUAAACCACAAAAAUCUUACAAUUUUGAAAUAAAAAACACAUUAUAUGACACUUUUUGUUGGGUGUUUUCAUACUGUUGUCGGACAUGUUGGUGUGGCUACUACAACACCCUUUUUGUUGCCUUGUUGCCACACGAUUACUUUUUUAAAUAUCACCUUUCAUGGCCUUUUUCUCUCUAUAUUGUAAAAAAAAAAUAUAAAGGCACUCUUUAGUUAAACAAACGGGCGGGUACUUAUUUUAUUUGCCCCGUCGAAGAUCAACCCUGCUCUUGCAAUCAACUGUAGAAUCACUUGUUUUUGUCAAUAAAGCACAAAUGACGUCAUACAUGG